CAAUGUACGCCCGAUAUUCUCUCUGUCUCCACUCUCACUGCUAUAAUUAGCUUCCCAUUUUUAAGCACAUGAGAUGAUCAGAACGCCCUUCAAAGCAGCAUACCUCUCCCCCCCUUACCUUACCCACUCGCAUUGAUACCAAAUCAACCAUUAUCUUCUUCUUCCUUUCUUCUUCUCCUUCUUCUUCUUCUUUACCUUCCUCAAAAUGACCAGGACCUUUAACCUUAUUUCGAUCUUCUUCUUCGUUCUCGCUCUUACUUCCGCUAAUGGUAGCUCGUCCGGAUCGGAAGCCAGCCAUGGCAAGGAGGAGAUUGGGGUCUACGAGCUCAAGAAAGGCAAUGUGACAAUGAAAGUAACCAAUUGGGGCGCCACCAUUAUGUCCCUCGUUUUGCCCGACAAGAAAGGAAAGCUCGAUGAUGUGGUUCUCGGGUACGAUUCCGCCAAGGAUUAUAAGAAUGAUUCGACUUACUUUGGAUCCGUGGUUGGGAGGGUCGCGAACAGAAUAGCAAAUGCUCAGUUCACUCUCAACGGGACCAAAUACAAACUUGUCCCGAACGAAGGCAAAAACAUGCUCCAUGGUGGUCCUAAGGGUUUCAGUGAUGUCGCUUGGAAAGUGAGUAGAUACGAGAAAGAUGGUCGGGCACCUCACAUCGUAUUCAAAUAUCUCAGCAAGGAUGGUGAAGAAGGAUUUCCUGGAAACCUGCGCAUAACGGUCUCCUAUACCCUGCUGGGAGAUGAUAAGCUGAGCAUAUCGAUGAAGGCUAAGGCCUUAGACAAGGUGACCCCCGCGAACCUAGCCCAGCACACGUACUGGAACCUCGGAGGUCACAACAGCGGCGAUAUCCUAUCCGAAGAGAUCCAAAUCCUUGGAUCCCACAUCACACCCACGGAUUCCCUUCUCAUCCCGACGGGGCAGAUCUCUCCUGUCAAGGGGACACCUUAUGAUUUCCUACAGCCCCACCAGAUAGGAUCCCAGAUUAAGUCCCUGCCUAAGGGCUUCGACAUAAAUUACGUCCUCGACAGGGCUGAGGGGAGCAAAUCCCUGCAGAAGGCAGCAGUGGUCCACGACAAGAGAUCGGGACGUGUCAUGGAGUUAUACACGAACCAGCCCGGGGUGCAGUUCUACACGGGGAGCAUGCUCAAGGAUGUCAAGGGGAAGGGCGGGUGCGUGUAUAAGGCUCACGCGGCUCUGUGCUUGGAGACCCAGAAGUUUCCUGACUCCGUGAACCACCCGAACUUCCCUUCGGAGAUAGUUAACCCUGGACAGACGUACAAUCAUAUCAUGCUCUUCAAGUUUUCGGUCAAGCCGUAAAUAUAGAAUAGGCUGUUUAGCUUGAUUCUGAAGUUAGAUUCAGAGAGAUGAGCAAUUAAGCUGGAGAAGUGCUAAGGUCUGUAGUUUUCUUGUGUGCAUUGAGAGUAUUUGAGAUCCCCCCUCCCUCCCCUUUCACAUAUGCUUCUAAUAGCAAGAGAGAGUGAGGGGAUGGUGUGUGGAGAAUAAUAAGGUUUUCUCUUUUCAUUUAUGUUAUGUAUCUUAUGAUUUAUUGAGAAAUGAGUUUUUUGUUCUGAUAA